AAUUGCGAUGCUUUUCCGGUUUAACGUUGUUGUUCGCUCAAAAAGUAGCAUAUGUGUGCUGAAUAAAUGCGUGAGGCAUGAGUUUGAAACCUCCAGUGGGUGUGCAGCGGUUGCCUAGAGGUCCUGACCCGAACAGCCGCGGGUUCGACCGAAGCUCCCCCCGCUUUAUCGCUCUGUGUCCCACAUCCAUCCCAUCUUCGGCAUCAACAGGUCCCGGGAUAGAGGAGGAGCAGCGAGUGCGAUCAGAGCUGCGGGAGAGAUUUUUACGGACACUGUUAAUGAUGACAGACAAGCCAGUUCAGUUCAACAUGUACGAGAAAGUGCAGGUCCCAGCGAGGUUCGGGGCCUCGGAUAUUGACAUCUUGAACUUUCAGGUGUCGGAUUUAGAGACUCCUCUUGGUGUGCAGAAAGAAGCACUGUUGUGGUGUCAGGAUGUGAUCUCGUGCUCCUUUGAACUGUAAAAAAUGUCGGGAUUGGAUUUGUGGAUCCAGGUGCGUAUUGGUAUUGAGAUGGUCACAAGAGGGCGCUGGGUUCAUUGGUUUUCAUGUUAAUAAACGUUUGCAAUGUAGAAAACUACAUUUUUAUGCGUGUUAUUGUAUUAAAGUGUCCUCUUUUUAUUAUAAAGAUUGAGCUGAAUAUGAUCUGCACAAUUUUUAUGUAUAUAUGGAUUCAUGGCAACAGUGACUUCUUAUAAUGGAUAUUUCUUUAAAAUGGAAUAGGAUAGCUUUUUAUUGUCAUUAUAUGGCUGUACAACGAAAUUUAGGCUUUCACAUCAGAAGUGCGCAUAUACAUACAAACAAAUGUACAUUUGCUUACUGUAAACGGACAAUGUAAACAGCAAAUGGGAACAGAUGUGCAGUAGACUGUGCAAAUGUAACAGUUAUAAAAACAAAAGGUGCAGAAUAGCAAUAGUGUAAAUGUGGCCGUUAUGUACAGUAGUGAUUGAAAUAUGAAUAAAUAUAGA